UGUCACUAUCUGGUAUGCAUUUAUUUAAACAUUCUGUAAAUAAAGAUCUCUUCUUCUAUACCCAAGGUAACAUAUGGUUAAAAGUAACUUUCCGUGAUCUGGGAGUAAGGCCCUGGUCAAACGUGGAACUUCACUUGAGACGAACUAAACAUGAUAAGUUCUACGUUUGACUCAACUAAGUUCGUUGACUGAAUUUAGAUCGACUUGCACGUUCUAUCCGUCUGAAGUUCAAAUCGACUCAAAUUGCAAUUUGGUUCGUCUCAUGGGAAGUCUGACGUUUCUACCUGGGCCUAAACUUUUUUUUAGCAGCGGGAUAGAAGUUGAGUCUUUCUAUGUUUUGCCAAGGCGAUGGUCUUUCACCUGCUGCACGUACUAUAAUAAGCCUACAAUAACCCUUUGACAAUGUUAUUCUGUUAUACAGUGUGCAAAGCAAAGGUGGAUAUUGCUUUCGUGAUCGACAUCGCCGGUGGUGUCAAAAGAAAUUUCAACAGUAUUAAGAAAUUCUUCUUAGAACUGGUGGAUUCCUUUACCAUCUCUAGUCAAGAUGUCCGGAUUGGUUUAGUUGUAAACUCGUACAGUCCAGGAGUGAAGUUAAGCUUUGGUCAGUACAACAGCCCAAGAAAGAUAAAAAGCGUUAUUCAACUGUUACAACCAGUUGGUGGAGCUAGGAAGACUGGGAAGGCAUUAGAACUUGCACUAAAACGCCUCUUUAUUGCCAGCAAGGGCAAGAAAACGUUAAUACUCCUUACGGUGGGGAAGUCUUUAGACAAAGUGCUUGGUCCAGUACAACAGCUCGUUGCUAUGGGAGUGAAUAUCUUCAGUAUUGGCGUGAUGCCCGGUGCUAUUCGCAGUGAAGUCCUUACCAUAGCUAAAGAUCCACAACACGCGUACGAGACCAACUUUAGAAGCCUGGGGACUAUUGUCAAACGAGUGAAGGUCAAGGCAUGCGCAGGUAUGUUUUAAGAUCUACAAUAGCUGUGUGUUCAACGGAAAAAUUAGGCCUAUAGUCAGUAUUCUUUACCCCAACAUGAAAUGCUUUUAUUGAACAUUCUAGUUUAAUUAGCAUGGGUCAUCGUAUGAAUGCCAGUGCAAUUAACUGUUUACACUACGAGUGAUAUCUGAAAAUUAAGGAAGUGCAAUUUGAACGAAUUUUCAAAUAUCAUGAGUAGUAUCUUAAUUGCUCGAGUUUUCAUACCAUUA